AUGCCAGACUCGGCUGCCCAGCAGGGCCCGACAUUCCAGCGCGCCCUCGUGGCCGGCGCAAUGUCGGGUCUCGCGGUCGACCUCAUGUUCUUCCCCCUCGACACGAUCAAGACCCGCGUCCAGUCGAGUGCCGGGUUCUGGGCCAGCGGCGGGUUCCGCGGCGUGUACCGCGGUGUGGGAAGUGUGGGAGCCGGUAGCGCACCCGGUGCUGUCCAGAACGAUGCCGCCGCCUUCUUCGUCACAUACGAGGCCCUCAAGAGGCAGCUUGCCAACUAUGGCUUUGGCCUCGACACCCACCCGGGCCUGAACCACAUGUUCGCGGCUUCCGGAGGCGAGUUUGUCUCGUGUCUCAUCCGCGUGCCCACCGAGGUUGUCAAGUCACGAACCCAGACGGGCGCGUACGGUGCUGCCACGAGCAGCUGGCAGACGGCGCUCAACGUGAUGAAGCACGAGGGCGUGCGCGGCUUCUACCGCGGUUUCGGGAUCACCAUUGCGCGCGAGCUGCCGUUCACGUCCAUCCAGUUCCCCCUGUACGAGUACCUGAAGCGCACGCUCAGCACGCAGUACCUGGACGGCAAGCGGCCCAACUCUGCCGAGGCGGCCGUGUGCGGCAUGAUCGCCGGCGGCACCGCCGCGGCCCUCACCACCCCGCUCGACGUCGUCAAGACGCGCGUCAUGCUCGAGGCCCGCGGCACCCUCACGCCCGGCACCAAGCCCGCGUCGCCGUCCAUCCUCUCCUUCCCGCCCCGCUUCCUCAACAUCCUCCGCAACGAAGGCCCCGCAGCCCUGUUCUCGGGCUGGGUCCCGCGUACACUGCACAUUUCGGCGGGCGGAGCCGUGUUUUUGGGCAUUUACGACUUUGUCAUCAACUUUGGCAGGCCCGAUGGGCCCGCCGAGCCAGAGCUCAAGUAG